UUUGUCCCACCCCUUGUCUCUCCACCUCUCUCUCAUUUUGGCAUUUCCUUGUUUCUCUGUUUUGUGGGGGAAAACAAAACCAGAGAAAAGAAAAGCUCUCAAGGAAGAAGAAAAUGGCUUUGAAGCUCAGCCCCAUCACUUUUCAGUCCCAGAAGUACCCUUCUUUUGCUAUUCCAUCAAUGGUCACUCUCAGAUCUCCCAAGUUUGUCAUGGCUUCCACCCUCCACUCUGGCUCCAAGGAGGUUGAGAAUCUCAAGAAGCCUUUUAGCCCUCCUCAUGAGGUUCAUGUUCAAGUAACACAUUCCAUGCCACCCCAAAAGGUAGAGAUCUUCAAAAAUUUGGAGGAUUGGGCUGAUGAGAACAUUUUGGUUCACCUGAAGCCAGUGGAGAAAUGUUGGCAACCUCAAGAUUUUUUGCCUGAUCCUGCUUCUGAGGGAUUUCAUGAUCAAGUCAAGGAACUAAGGGAGAGGGCAAAGGAGAUUCCAGAUGACUACUUUGUUGUUUUGGUUGGAGAUAUGAUCACAGAAGAAGCCCUUCCAACUUACCAAACAAUGCUAAAUACCCUAGAUGGUGUUCGGGAUGAAACAGGGGCAAGCCUUUCUUCUUGGGCAAGAUGGACUAGGGCUUGGACUGCUGAAGAGAAUAGGCAUGGUGAUCUUCUCAAUAAAUAUCUCUACCUAUCUGGGCGUGUGGACAUGAAGCAAAUUGAGAAGACAAUUCAGUAUUUGAUUGGGUCAGGAAUGGAUCCCCGGACAGAAAACAAUCCCUACCUUGGAUUCAUUUAUACAUCAUUCCAAGAGCGGGCAACUUUUAUCUCUCAUGGGAAUACAGCCAGACAUGCCAAGGAGUACGGGGACAUUAAGCUGGCUCAAAUUUGUGGAACUAUUGCCUCGGAUGAGAAGCGCCAUGAAACUGCUUAUACAAAGAUAGUGGAAAAGCUCUUUGAGAUUGACCCUGAUGGAACUGUCCUGGCUCUUGCCGAUAUGAUGAAGAAGAAAAUCUCUAUGCCAGCCCACUUGAUGUACGAUGGCCGUGAUGAUAACCUUUUUGAGCACUUUUCAGCUGUUGCUCAGGGGCUUGGUGUCUACACUGCUAAGGACUACGCAGAUAUAUUGGAAUUUUUGGUUGGUAGGUGGAAAGUGGAGGAACUAACUGGACUUUCCGGGGAGGGACAAAAAGCGCAGGAUUAUGUUUGUGGGUUGACUCCAAGAAUUAGACGGCUUGAGGAAAGAGCUCAAAGCAGGGUUAAACAAGUACGCACCGUUCCAUUUAGCUGGAUCUUUGAUAGAGAAGUGAAGCUCUAAGUGCAUGUGUGAUGGAACAAGAGGUUCAGCUUCACUCUCCUGCAAGUCUCGUAUUUUACGUGGUUAAAAGAACAGGUAUAAAUUUUGACUUGUAGUUUGUUUUUCGCCAUUCCAUUUUCUUAAUACUGUUGUGUGAAGGGAUUUUGUUUAGAGGGACUCUGUUUAGCUGUAGAUAUGGUUUGUUUCUCGCGUGGUGACAUUAGAUCUUCACAUGUAGUUUUGUUGUGUUCUUUCAGUAGUUUACUGUACGAGUAUGUUUCUGUUAUUUUCUGAGUCAAACAAAAUAAUCUGUCUUUGGCAAUUUGGUAUGUUGGUCUGUAAUUGUCUGAUACAGUGAUUGCUCCAGCUAAAGAACCAAAGCUUCUAUUUUUAGAAUUAUGCAGUACUUAGUGCAAUGAAAUAUUGAGAAGUAUGAUUGAUGCA